CUUUCUCUUUCACAAUUUCUCCUUGUAUUUAUUAGUCCAAUCACACUCUCUUCCCUCCUUCAUUCAGCUACCUCUACCAUCCUCAUCCUCCUCCCUUUCUAAAUUAACACAAAAAAAAAAUAAAAAAAUAAAAACCAUCUUUGUAUUCAUUUUCCUAAUCAAAAAAUGAGCAUGGCAGCUGUUGAAGCUCAGCCCCUUGACUCAGAAAUCCCAUCUCUAAAAUCAUCUCCAACCAAAUCUAAACCAGACCACAUCUUCAAAUCAAGACUUCCUGAUAUACCCAUCACAGAUCAUCUUCCUCUUCAUUCCUAUUUGUUUGAAAAACUUGCACAAUUCUCUGAGAAACCAUGCUUAAUCUCAGGCCCCACAGGCAAAAUCUACUCUUAUGCAGAAACCCACCUUCUUUGCCAAAAAACUGCUGUUGGGUUAUCCAAAUUAGGAAUCCAAAAGGGAGAUUGUAUCAUGAUUCUCCUCCAAAACUGUCCUGAAUUUGUUUUUACCUUUUUUGGAGCUUCCAUGAUUGGAGCUAUUUCAACUCCUGCUAAUCCUUAUUACACUCCUUCUGAGAUCUUCAAACAACUCAAAACAUCUUCUGCUAAAUUGAUCAUUACCCAAUCCCAAUUUGUUGAUAAACUUAGAAAUCAUGAUGAAUACAAAUUAGGGGAAGAUUUCAAUGUCAUCACUGUUGAUAACCCACCUGAGAAUUGCAUCAAUUUCUCAGUCCUUUCUGAAUCAAAUGAAGCUGAAUUAAACCAACCCGAAAUUGACCCGAAUGACCCGGUUGUGCUACCAUUCUCAUCAGGCACAACAGGGUUACCAAAAGGAGUGAUUUUAACACAUAAAAGCUUAUCAACAAGUGUAGGUCAACAAGUAGAUGGAGAAAAUCCAAAUAUGUAUUUAACAACAGAUGAUGUUAUGCUUUGUGUGCUUCCAUUGUUUCAUAUAUUUUCAUUAAACUCUGUUCUUAUGAUUGCAUUAAGAGCAGGAAGUGGGAUUUUAUUAAUGCCUAAAUUUGAAAUCAAUUCAUUAUUGGAAUUGAUUCAGAAAUAUAAAGUAUCAGUAGCAAUGGUGGUUCCUCCAUUAGUACUCGCAUUAGCUAAACAUCCAAAUAUUGAAAAAUAUGAUUUGAGCUCUGUUAGGAUUGUUAUGUCUGGUGCUGCACCUCUUGGAAAGGAGCUUGAAGAUGCUCUUAGAGAAAGGAUUCCACAGGCAAUUCUUGGUCAGGGAUAUGGAAUGACAGAAGCUGGGCCAGUGUUGUCAAUGUGCCCAGCAUUUGCAAAGGAACCCAUCCAAACCAAACCGGGUUCAUGUGGUGUUGUUGUUAGGAAUGCUGAGAUCAAGAUCGUUGACCCUGACACCAAUGUUUCCCUUGGCCGCAAUCAACCUGGAGAAAUCUGCAUUCGCGGGAAUCAAAUUAUGAAAGGGUACUUGAACGACCCAGUGUCGACGGCAGCGACUAUUGACGUUGAAGGUUGGCUUCACACAGGAGAUAUUGGGUAUGUGGAUGAUGAUAAUGAAGUUUACAUUGUUGAUCGUGUUAAGGAGAUCAUCAAAUACAAAGGCUUUCAGGUUCCACCAGCAGAAUUAGAAGCACUUCUUGUUAACCAUUCCUCAAUUGCUGAUGCCGCAGUCGUCCCCCAAAAAGAUGAAGCUGCCGGGGAAGUUCCUGUCGCUUUCGUCGUGAGAUCUACUAAUGCUCUCGAUCUUACUGAACAGACAGUCAAAGAUUAUGUAGCAAAACAGGUUGUAUUUUACAAGAAGCUUCACAAAGUAUACUUCGUAGAUGCAAUUCCUAAAUCUGCAUCUGGGAAAAUUCUUAGAAAGGAACUUCGUGCUCGUCUUGCCGCUCCAAACAACACCAGCAGUGUUUAGAAUCUUUAUUAAAAAUUCUCAAAAAUACCAUUAUUCUGCACCAGCACGUGCCGACUAUCAACAACCAAUAACAAUUUUUAUAUAUAUAUAUAUAUAU